GGUUCAUAUCUGCAUUUAUACUCUACAGCUUCGGAUGAGUUCGGGUUUUGAGGGGAAGUGUGGUGGUGUGAGGUGUCGAUGAUCGUGAACCUUGGCCUUUGGCCCGUUACCGUCACAUUCGAUCGCAUCUUGAGACAAGGAACGUGGCAGGACAGAUGGAGAACAAAUCGUCAGUGGGUGGGGAUCUUGUUUACUCCUUGGUGGCAGCAAGGGAAGUGUCUGGACGGAAAAUCCAUUGACAGGGUGUCAAAGACGAUACAAUGCGCGUGAUGCGGGGAGAAGUGCAUCCACCUACCACUAUAAGCAUUAUGCAACGCGGGCAACCCAUCGAUGAUUUGGGUAAUAACGUUAUUUCCCUGCCGCUUCUAUUCGACUUCUCCCGCAUAUUAAGGUCGAAAACGUGGGGUAGCGCUCAGGCAAAAGUGGUUGCCAAGACUUAUUUCCACGUUACCGGAGCGGUGCGUGCGCGUUCCUGAGUUGUGGUUGUCGGCAUUUAUGGGACGAGGAGAGAUCAUAUUAUGGCAUGGCGAUAGCCUCAACCUUUCGUUCUCGUCUUCUAGUCAUAUGCUUAAUAAGCCUCAGCCACGCCCGCUUUGCCCUCUUCCCUCAUCGUCAGGAACGAUUACGGUGAGAAUGGACCGCCCAACUUGACGCCAUGGCUGCACUGCGAUGGUGCACUCUACAUGCCGCCCCGAGCAACUUCUUGAUCUGGUCUGGUUUGCAGGCAAGUUGUCAGCGGGAGAUCAGCCUGAAACAAUCAGCGAUGCGGCCUGCACAUCCGGCUUGGCUCGGCAGUGAUACCGACUCGCCGUCGCGAUGCGGCUAAUAACACCCGGAUAUAGAAGUUAAUAUAUAAGGCUUGGUAUAAAUAUAUAUGUAAGGUCUACCUCUCCAUUCCCCUUCCCCAGCUUUAGCAUUCUCUUGUAAAUAUUUUCACUGUAGAUACUUCAAGAUGCUGAGCAUGAAAGCCUUGGUCGCUCUUGCGGCCGCCAUUCAGCCACUUGCCAUGGCGCAAAGCGCUGUCUGGGGCCAAUGUGGUGGAAGUGGCUGGACUGGUCCUACAACCUGCGUGUCAGGCUCCGUUUGCACCUUCUCCAACGCCUGGUACUCCCAGUGCCUCCCAGGUACUGCUCCGCCAGUCUCGAGCAACCCUGGAACCACCCCGACCACGACCGCCUCAAACCCUGGCAACACAGGGGGCGGCUCCACCAGCGGCAGCAUCGAUGUAAGAUUCAAGGCACACGGCAAGAAGUACAUCGGCACUGCCACAGACCAGGGCAGAUUGACCAGCGGAAGCGCUCCGAUCAUCCAGGCAGACUUUGGUCAAGUCACCCCGGAGAACAGCAUGAAGUGGGAUUCCAUUGAACCAUCGCGAGGCAACUUUGGCUGGACUGGAGCCGAUUACUUGGUGAACUGGGCCCAGACCAACGGAAAGCUGAUCCGUGGUCACACCCUGGUCUGGCACAGCCAGCUCCCAUCAUGGGUGAGUGCGAUUACGGACAAGGCGACAAUGACGAGCGUCAUCCAAAACCACGUCACCACCAUCGUGACUCGCUACAAGGGAAAGAUCCUUCAAUGGGAUGUCGUCAAUGAGAUCUUUAACGAGGACGGCUCCAUGCGCGACUCUGUAUUCUCUAGGGUCCUCGGGGAGGAUUUCGUCAGCAUUGCCUUCAAGGCUGCACGCGCUGCCGACCCCAACGCCAAGCUGUACAUCAACGACUACAACUUGGACACUGCUACUUAUGCCAAGGUCACCACCGGCAUGGUAGCUCACGUCAAGAAGUGGAUCGCUGCCGGUGUCCCAAUUGACGGCAUCGGAACUCAGGGUCAUCUCCAGGCUGGUGGUGGCGCUGGUUUGGCAGCCGCCAUCAAGGUCCUCGCUGCUUCUGGUGUCUCCGAGGUUGCUGUCACUGAGCUGGACAUUGUAGGUGCAGCGGCUACUGAUUACGUCAACGUCGUAAAUGGUUGCCUCAACGAGGCCAAGUGUGUCGGUGUGACCGUUUGGGGUGUGCGUGACCCAGACUCUUGGAGAGCAAGCAGCAACCCGCUUCUCUUUGACGCGAACUUCCAGCCUAAGGCAGCUUACACUGCUAUUCUGAACGCUCUCUAAGCCUCCCUCCUCACAUUUUCAGAAGCAAGGUCC